GUUUACCGUUUGUUGGACCAAUUAUUCUAUCUUCAUUUUACUGUAAAUUUUACUAGUAAUCUUGUUCUGAAAAUUAAAUAGAAAAUAUAUUAGUUACCCCCAUAUCCAGAAGAGCAGGAUUAUUUCAUCCAACCACUAUUUAAUUUUCUUAAGGCCCUAUAACUUUAGAGAUCACUGUGCACAUAAUUCAGCGUAGCAUUGUAAAUUAUGGACAUAUUUUAGGAUACUAAUCUAAUUAUUAUUCCCAAGAACAUUGUCGACUUGAAUUUAUAAAGCAUACUAUCAUGGGGUUUGUAAAAAUUGCUAAACGAUGUCUGUCUACUCGCAAACUGUAUCUUCCUCGAGUUUGCAUCGUUGGCGCUGGCCCUGCGGGCUUUUAUGCAGCUAUGCAUUUACACAAAAAAAUGAAUGGUGUUCAUAUCGAUAUAAUAGAACAGCUGCCUGUACCUUUUGGAUUGGUGAGAUAUGGAGUAGCACCAGACCAUCCAGAAGUUAAGAAUGUUAUCAAUCAAUUCACAAAAUUUGCACAACAAGAGAAUGUAAAUUUUUAUGGUAAUAUUUCUCUGGGCCGAGACAUUAGGUUGCAGCAGUUACGAGAGCACUAUGAUGCUGUGUUAUUGUCCUAUGGUGCAGAGGAGGAUAAAACUCUAGGGAUUGAAAAUGAGGAUGCUAACAAUGUGCUUGGAGCAAGAAGUUUUGUGGGGUGGUACAACGGUCAUCCAAGAUUUAGAGACAUGAAGGUUGAUUUGUCUGGCAGCACUGCAGCUAUUUUGGGUCAAGGAAAUGUUGCUUUAGAUGUUUCAAGAAUAUUACUAUCACCUGUUGAUGCACUAAGAAAAACAGAUAUAACGGACUAUGCAUUGCAGAGUAUAUCUGAAUCAAAAAUAAGAGAACUAUAUUUAGUUGGAAGAAGGGGACCCUUACAAGUUGCUUUUACAAUAAAAGAACUGAGAGAACAACUAAAACUGGAUAAAUGUAAAACAGUUUGGAGAGAAAAAGACUUUGAAGGUAUAGCUGCCACAGUCAACGAUUUGCCAAGACCUAGGAAGAGGCUUACUGAACUUAUGUUGAAAUCGCUGUCGGAAAUGGAUUCAACAGCAACAGAUAGUGACCAUAAGUUAUUUAAGCCUAUAUUCUUCAGGAGUCCACAAGCGUUUUUAAUAGAUGACAACAAAAAAGUGACUGGAGUUGAAUUGAUAUGCAACAAACUUGUAGGAAACUCAAUUGAGGAUCAGAGAUGUGUUCCAACAAGGGAUACAGAAAGGUUGAAUUGUGACCUAGUCUUUCGUAGCAUAGGAUACAAAAGUGUAAAUGUAGAUAAUGAUUUAAAAUUUACUUCAGGAGUUGUGAAAAAUGACAAAGGCAAAGUUGACAUUAGCAAUGAUAAUUUGGCGCCAGUUUUCGUUGCCGGAUGGCUAGGAACUGGCCCUGUUGGAGUUUUAUUACAUACCAUGGGAAAUGCUUUUCAAGUAGCUAAACUCAUGUGUGAGAAUUUAAAAGAAGUUGAUACUUUUAAAGGCGGUAUGGAAGAAAUUAAAAAGAUGAUGACAAAACCAAGCAAUGAAAUUAUUGAAUGGAGUGGUUGGGAAAAAAUUGAUAAAUAUGAGAUAGAGCAAGGAAAUAAAGUUGGUAAACCAAGAGAAAAGGUAACAUCUGUACCUAAGAUGAUAGAGAUUGCAAAUAUGUAAAUAUUUAAGGGAAAGUAUGAUCAUCUAUAGUCUG